AUGAAGAUCCAAGUAGUAAUCCUCCUGGCCAUCGUAACUAUUGUAGCUGCUAAGGAUUCUGCUCAAAUAUACUGCGGGAGACAACUAUCAAGGACCUUAGCCGGUCUUUGCUAUGAGAAAUACUAUAAUCAAGAAAAACGAUCUCAGACAAAUGGAUUUUAUGACUUCGAACAUUCUUCGGAGUACAUUUCACCUUGGCUGGCAGAUUCAAUGGCUCAAAGGCUGAACGGUGGCAGAGGGAAGAAAUCAGUCGGGAUUGUCUCCGAGUGCUGCGACAAGCCGUGUACGAUUGACGAGAUGAUGACUUACUGCUAGAACGCGAUAGAUAUCAGCAGAUGGUAGUUUCAAACAGUCUAGUUAUUUUACUCCUGAUAAAUCAGUGCGACGAAUAUUAUUGAGGCUUAAGGUUCCAUUUA